AUGGUAUCGGUGCGAUUGCACAUCAGUCGAUCGGAGUUCUUUGACCCUGACGACGGUUAUCCCGACGACUCAGUGCAAAAGGAGGGUCGGCGUGCAAUUGUGGCUGCCACAGAGAUGCAGAAGAAAGGUGGUACAAAUCCCCCGCGCAUUCGAGUGUCGGCAAUGACAGAGAUGAAGGAAUAUAGUGGCAAAGAUUGA